UUAUCAGCUGUUCACAUUAUCUAAAUACAAUACAUUUACACAAUUCAGAAAUGUCGUGUGGUGUGGAUUUGAGUUUUAUUUGUUGUUGUCGUAUAAUGAACAUCUGAAAGUGAUAUUUUCAUUCUCAGACUUGAAAGAAUUAAAAUGAAUCAACAAGAUGAACAAAUAAGAAGUUCUUCCCCGAAGCUAGUCAUUGAUAAUGACGCCGGUGCUGAUGAUGCAAUGGCAAUAUUUAUGGCUCUGCUGUUUGAAAGACAUCUUAAUGGCCCAAAACUGGUGGCAUUAACAACGGGAAAUGGGAACACAAACGAGGACAAUGUCUGUAGAAAUAAUCAACGUAUUCUUAAAGUAGCUAAAAGACAAGAUGUCCCAAUUUAUAGAGGUUCUAAAGCCUCCCUCGUAACUACUCCACCAAUUACUGACUAUUUCGGAGUCGAUGGUCUGGGAGAUGUAGGUGAUAAUGACACUGAUCUUACUCCUGCACAAGGACAAAAUGCCAUCUUAGCUUUAAUCGAGUUAUCGAAGUUACAUGAAGGACAAUUAAUUGUCAUCACAAUUGGAACAUUAACUAAUGUAGCAAUGGCCAUCCAGUUGGACCCAAGCUUUAUAUCAAGAUUGCAACACUUGUAUAUUGGGGCAGGUCAUAUACAAAGUGAACAGGAAUCAGAACCGGAGUUCAAUGCUCACAUGGACGUAGAAGCCUACCAUAUAGUAGCGCAGCAUGCAACACCAGACAAAGUUACAUUUUUACCCUUUUCACAAGUCAAACAACAUUUAAAUUUUACAAGAGAAUGGAGAGAAAACGUACUCGGAAGUCUUCAGAAUGAGAUUAUAAAAAGUCUUAAUCUCUAUGAAAGGAUAUCAUUACAAAAAUCUGAGUUUUGGCAAGCAUUAGACCCUGCAGUAGUUGCAAUUGCAGCCCAGCCUCAAUUGGUUGAAGAGUAUAAAUAUGCAAAAAAUUCUAUUUCGCUAUGUGGAAACAAAAGAGGGAUAACCAGCAACGACUUUGUAAAAAAAGAAGACGCAAAUAUUAGACUGGUGUAUUCAAUUAAAACAGAAGAUUAUAAACAACUCUUGUUGGAUUUGUUUUCCAAAGAAAACAACUAAACAGAUGUCUUGAAAUAUUUGAUAUCUAUGAGAAAUAAAUGUCAUGACUACAGAGUGACCAAAGAUCAGCCGUUAGUGCUAUUGUUUGUGUGAAAUGAACAGUUUUGUAUGUUGGAAUAAAAUAAUGAAAUAAAAUUUUAUUUUAUGAAUAAAA